UAAUGGAAAUUCAGAAUGCUCUAGGUAUAGAAGCUGUUAGAGAGAGUAUUAUUAAUGAAGUGUAUACAACAAUGUAAAGUCAUAGUAUUUCAAUUGAUAUAUGACACAUUUUAUUGUUGUCUGAAUUGAUGAGAUUUAAAGGUAUUUAUUAUAUUUUAAGUCAAUUAAGGU